AUGUCUGGAAAGGACGAGGCAAUUGAGUUGUUAUCCGACGAUGAGAUUGAGAACACAAAGCCACCGGCAGUGUCGGCGCAACCAGCCGCCACCAUCAAGAAGGCAAGCGUUGGAGCGAACCGUGGCAAAAUGAAGGCUGCUCCAAAGCGUGGAAAACAGGCGCGUCCUCUGCAAGCAGGGAUUGUGUUGGAAGAGGAUGUGGAGGCCAUUGUCCAACAACAAUCCGACGCCGUGGACCGAUUGAACACGUUUGUCCAUGAGCAGUUGCAGCGCCGGAAACAAGGCAAACAGACCGAGUUAUAUCAUGACCCAGAUUUUCAAUGUGCCCCUUCGUCCAUUCAAGGAAGUCGCAAGGAGGGAAAGGCUGUGAAAUGCAAGUGUGGAGUGGAAGUUCAGCUUGCCUUUUCCGUCAAAGGGCCGAAUAGCGGGCGUCCCUAUUGGACCUGUGGAAAGCCCAAACACCACCAAAAGGGAGGACCCAAGCGAUGCGAUUAUUUUUCGUGGGCAUUUCGAGCGGAAACGAUGCAUUGGUACCGCUUUGGAGAGCAUUUGGGGCAAACCAUUGUUGGACCGGGAGGCUUCCAGGCGGCGCAUUUGGUCCAGGGCAAAUUGGGUACUUGUUGGUUCCUAUCCACGCUUGCUGUUGUGGCUGAACGCCCUGAUUUGAUCUCUAGAAUUAUCGGAGGGCCCCAGCCUGGUCUCCCGUUUGGAAUAUUAAAAGUCAACAUGUUUCAGGAUGGAUUUUGGACGCCUGUCCUUGUGGACAACUUUCUUCCAUGCAUCCUGGAUGGCGAAUCGGAGGUGCAACAAGCAAUCAAUGCCAGCUUGGGUGUCGUCGCAAACGAUGCCAGGUCGGUGGGCAAGUCGGGCAAUUCGAAACAUGAUCCUACUGCUUUGACACACGACAAUCGCCGCAUUCUAUCUGCUGUCCAAGCGUUCUUGCAGGAACAGCAGCAACCAUCAACCAACCCAUACGCUAAAAAGGAGCCAGUUACGGGAGAGGCAUGGCGCAGCUAUCUCAAGGAUUCAGCAGAGUCGACAAUUCGCUCCAAUGUCCCACUGGAUUUGAACAGAAAGGUCACAAUCCAAGACCUGGCGUACUCCAAGGGAAAGGAGAUGCAGCUUUGGCCAUCGCUGCUGGAGAAAGCAUAUGCAAAAUGUCAUGCAUCCUUCAAUGCUGUUUCCGGGGGAUGGCUUGACGAGGCAUUCCUGGAUCUCACUGGGAGUCCAACGCUGUCAUUUUCCCUAAUGAGCUCAGGCUUUGACGCGCGACAUUUCUGGUACAAGCUGCUCUCUUUUCACCAUCAGCGACUACCCAUUGGCUGUGCCACGGACUCAUCUGCUGGAGGGAUCAUUGGGAGACACGCUUACUCGAUAUUGGACGUCCAUGAAUUGAAGAAUGUGCCGGCUGAAUUUUUUCACAACAAAUUGGCCGAUCGAAGCCUGGGCAAUGUCAGUGGAUUUACCUCCUUUGAUCAAACACUCCGACUCGUUCGAAUUAGAAAUCCUCAUGGGCGUGGGGAAUGGAAAGGCGAAUGGUCGGACAAUGACAGUCAAUGGAGAAAGUUGCUCCUCCAUCUCCAUCGCGAGGGCUCAACGCUACCACCUCCUUCCCUGGUGGAUGAUGGUACCUUCUACAUUGCCUAUGACGAGUUCCUGAUGGCAUUUAGUACUGUCACCGUUGUACUUGCAUUCGAAGGAAACCACGCUCGGUCGUUCGCGUCGAACUUUCCCGAGAAAUUAUCGACCCACAGAUGCACGCGUGCUUUUGAAGUUGCCCUCAUUUCGCAAGAAGCAGGAGGGCCCGCACGAGAUACGGUCGAAUUGUACGUCAUGGGCAUCCAAAAGACUCGACGAGGUGCAUCACUAGGUCGAACCGACAGGAAAGUUUCCUAUAAGAUCUCGGAUCUCGGUCUACUGAUUGCCAACGAGGGCUACAACACUGUUGACGGGUCCAUGUUGGGCUUCAAGAAGGCUGGACACCACCGAAUCAUUCUGAAUCGAAAAAAGAACAACCAAUGCGUAGUCAUGCCAGUGUCGUUCGGCCAUCCGGCGGCUACAGACCCGGAGAAAAGCUUCUCCGUCAGGUUCGUGGCGGACGCUCCUCUAAUGAUUCGUGAACUUCCAGAAGUCCCUCGGAUGGAUCUUGUUUUGCACAAGUUUUGCUUUCAACCCAUUCGAAACAUGGGCCAGCGGAAAUGCAAGGUUGUGCUGGAUGAUAAAGAGGGUGUUCAGUUGUACGGUGAGCCUCGCUAUCGGGUCAUCCAAGUUGACUGUUUGGCCGACGGAGGUGGGGUUGUAUUUGUUUAUGGCUGUAUCAAUCGACGUCUACUGAAGCGAAAGGAUGUCACAAACGACAGGAAAGACUUCAGCCUAAAUCUGCAGUUGGAAGCAACCUGUCGUGGAAUGAUGUGUCGCACUGAAACGGGCUUUCUCGACCACGAGACCAUCGCCAAGGGCAAGAAGUUCCAAGCUGCGUGGCGUAGGUUCACUUGUCAGUUUCCCUUCGAAGUUAAGACUCGCGUUCUAUUUGUUUUGGUUCAAUCUGGCCAAGAUACAGAAAUGGGCUCUGUGACAGGGAAAUGCCAAAUCAAUGAAGCUUCUUCAGUGGUCAGGCAAAAGGCGUUGAAACAGGCUGUCAUAACUACAAGUGGGGGAUUGGCAACCAAAGAUACUGCCUGCACGAUCUCGUACGAGAGCUUUGGCAUUUUCAACAACGAAUGCGACGUUGAGUCUGAGGAUGAUUCCUUGCAUAAUGCAAUGUUUGGUUCAAUCGACGCCUUGGCUGCUUCGGGUGCUGGGUUUGUCGGUGGGUUUGGGCUCGAUGGAUUUGACCCUGAGUUGGAGCAAGCACUGGCUCUGCCACGAGGCGACUUGGAGUUGCAAGCCGCUCUUGAGAUGAGCAAGGCCGACACAACCACACGCAGCAAUUCAGGUGUGGCGGCAAUGAGUGAAGACGAGGCCAUUCGGGUGGCGCUACAACUCAGCAAAGGCGACAAUUUUUUAGAACCCGCAGCCAGAAACUUUUACAAAGAUUAUCAAACGGCAGAGGACCAGGCCCUUCAAGAAGCCAUAAAGCGUUCUUUGCAAGCUGAAAAGUCGACAUCAAACGGAGAGGUUGUUGUCCUUGAUGAUGUUGCAGAUGGAGCCGCUGACCACAUUCCUCCGCCGUCCAAAAAGCAAAGGACCGCAAGCGACGAAGUCAUCGAAAUCGACGACGACAGCGAUGCCGAUGAGGAACAGGCUCGCGAAGACGACAACAAGAAGGGAGAAGAUUCAGCUACCCCUACAUGUACCGGUAUCGAAGCUGACGACGACGACAAGGAGGGGAAAGGCGCUGGUGAUAGAAGCACGGAGCUUGCCGAGAGGCGAAGACGUGCCGCGGAGGCAGCGGAAAAGCGUCUCCGGUUGAACUAA